AUGAAUUCCUCGCCUUCAUCGCCUCCGUCACCGAAACAUCGUGGGAAGAGUCUGCAUCCCAAGAACGAAAGUCGAAGUAACACCGCAAACAGCUCGGCAGACAAUUUCCUCACAAGCGACGCCGUGGCCCAAGCAUCAUCUCGCAUCAAACUCGAAGAUAAUGCACCGAAGACUUUGCCUUCUUCAGAAAUACCGAGCGACGAAAAUUUUCAGAAUUUUGGGUGUUCUUGCAGGGCCAACUCUCUCCUCGGACGGCGAGACGUGUCUAUCCGUGGUCGCCCCAAGCACGACAGCCAUUGCGAUCUCUUCUUCAUGAACCCUAGUCAACGAGCCAUAAAAGGCAAGCUUCAACUUUUCAGCAUUCUGAUUUCUUGGAAAUUGGAAAUCCAGUACUCACGGCGACUGUUCUACCGAGAUUUACAGAUUCAUCCUGCAAUAGCAAUAGUAGCGCGAUCCUUGGUAUCAAAUGACUCACCUGCUUUUACAUUGGUCGAUGAAUUAGUUCGUAGAACUCCAGAUAUUACAGCAGAAGCUCUUCAAGCUCAGAUAUCAUCAGUGUCAAAGGACUUGAGAUGUCUGUUCAGGCGCGGCAGAGCCUCGCCAGGUGAUUACAACUUCGCCGAUCAAACUCUUCUUCAUAGGGCUAGUAAUGUGCAUGGCCACUUAUGGCCUGAUCGAAUGUCCGAGAUUUGGGUACGGUUCAUGAAGGAACUUGUACUUAUGGGCGUACCCCUUAACGAAAGUGGAUGUUUCGGUUCGGCUCUGUCAUGGUUUCUUGAGCUCCGUAGAAGAGAGCGCAUGGAGCAUACGAAGAGGACUUCACAAGAUCUACCAACAGGCUCGUUGGUCAUUGCAAAAGGAUUAAUUGAACUAGGUGCUCCAUAUAUCGAUGACCCAUUAUUCGGUUUAGAAUCACAAAACCUAGUCAUCCUAUCGGAAUACAAGAUUUUGACUUUACCUGAUAUCUACCAGUGUUUCUCGUGGCAUCUUGAUGGAUUUGAUUACGGUGCAUUGUCCUCUGCGCUUUUUGAAAAGUCAGAACCGGCUCUCCGAAGGAUUUUGAUGGCGUCGUCAUCCAUUAUGAUCGAGCGAUGCCACAACGACCAGACUCCGCUUCAUGUGGCCGCUUACUGGCCCAGAGGCCUCCAACUGCUUUUCGAAUUGGCUGGAGACGCCUGUCGGCAAAUCAUUGAUCUCGAAGACGCUUCGCAACUCACGGCAAUUCACUCGGCCGUACUCUUGCAUCAAGUAGACUCCGUCAAAUUGUUGCUUGAACAGGGGGCCAGCAUCGAUCUUGAGAACAGUGCUAUAUUCUUUGGACACCCUUAUACUCUCGACGCUGAUUAUUAG